CCUUCAAUCAUAACACCAACUCCCUCCUCCUUCAUUCCAAAAUUAUUACUAGCAUUAAUGGCUUCCACUUCAAAAUCUACUAGAUUUUUCUUGAUUUGUGUUGUUAUUGAUUUUUUUUCUUUAUCACUAGCCUUGCACAAAUCACCAUCUUUGUCAAAUAUACCAUCUUCUUCUAUUUCAGCUGCCCCUGCAUUGUUACCAAAUCCACCUGCUCUGUCUCCUGAUAUAAGUCCUCUUUUUCCUUCACCAGGUGGCUCUGAGCUUGCUCCUACUGAUUCUUCAUUACCCUUAAUUCCUUCUAGCCCUAGCCCUCCUAAUCCUGAUGCAAUGAUUGCUCCUGGACCUGUUUAUAUGCCCUUUUCGCCUACUCAGUCUCUACCGGUGUCUUCUGGUGUUCCUCUGUUUUCAUCUUUAUGUACAAUGGUGGUGUUGAGUUUGAUAUCGACCUGGUUUACGCAGCUCCCUGGUGUGUGAAGGUUCAAAGAUGUU